AUGUUGAACCCUACCAACGGUGAUCAGAGCCACAUGGUGAACUAUGUAGAGGAUUACCUGGAUUCCAUCGAGUCCCUGCCCUUCGAUCUACAAAGAAAUGUCUCUCUGAUGAGGGAGAUCGAUGCCAAAUACCAAGAGAUCCUGAAGGAACUGGAUGACUAUUAUGAAAAGUUCAGACGUGAAUCCGAUGCAAUACAAAAGAGACGCCUUUUGCAGUUCAUCCAGAGAGCUCUUAUUCGGAGUCAAGAGCUGGGUGAUGACAAGAUCCAAAUAGUAAGCCAGAUGGUGGAGUUGGUUGAAAACAGAACAAAGCAAGUAGACAGUCAUGUAGAACUGUUUGAAACAUGCCAAGAUUUAAACGACAGUACAAGUAAUAGCAGCAAAAACAACCAGACUGAAAAAUCCAGCAAUAAGAGAUCGAGAAGGCAGAGGAACAAUGAGAAUCGAGAAAAUUCAACUAUUAAUCAUGACCAUGAUGACCUUACUACAGGAACCCCCAAAGAGAAGAAGCCAAAAACAUCAAAGAAGAAAAAGCGAUCCAAAGCUAAGGCUGAGAGAGAAGCCUCUCCCGCAGAUCUUCCUAUAGACCCCAAUGAGCCCACCUAUUGCCUAUGUAAUCAAGUGUCCUAUGGGGAAAUGAUUGGAUGUGAUAACGAGGAAUGCCCAAUAGAGUGGUUUCACUUUUCUUGUGUGGGACUCAAUCAUAAACCAAAAGGUAAAUGGUACUGUCCCGAAUGCAGAGGUGAAAAUGAGAAAACCAUGGGUAAAGCACUUGAGAAAUCUAAAAAAGAGAGAGCAUACAAUAGGUAG